GGGGCCUAAUUGGUCCUUGCUACAGUUAAUGGCUUCCUGUGGUUGCAUGUUUACUUCUCAUUUGUCCUGUGUGCUCUGUUUCCCAGCCCCUGAAACAAGGGAGCCUCACUUUAAAUCUCUAUUCCCACCAAACUCUGUCUCUGUCCUCUGACUGUCUGUCUGCCUCCUUCUCUUUUCUUCUUUGCUCAGAAACAAAAGAAGUUGUCCUUCUCCAAGCUGCAGCACAAUGAUUCAUACCUGGAGUCCCUCCCCAAAACCAGCUAUUACCUGAUCUUUGACCUCCAGAACCAGUUAACUCAGCGUGGACAUCUGAAAACCCACCAAGACUUAGAAGACUUUUACAGGUGCAUCAAAUAUAACUGUCACCCAUCUAAGCUGCAGAGAAGUCUGCAGGAUGUCAGGGAGAAGAGUGUUGGACAGCAGAUCUGCAGCUGAUUUGAUGGCUCAACAGACAACAGCAGAAUCACUUCAUCAUCCCUGCACUGAUGGAGAUAGAGGACAUGAGGACCACAUUUCUUACUCAAGGUUGUUAGAAGUGUCUGGUUCAGGGGAGAGUUCAGCAGAGCUGGUCUUCGGUGGCAGCCAGGAGAAGGAUGAAACUGAGCAAAUUUUUCCCAAGAUGAAAGCUCCCACAUUUGCAACCUUACAGCCAAACUUUAUGAGGAACUUCCAGAGUAAGAUGCCUGAUUUGAUUAUUCCUGAGAUUCCCAAGAAGAGCAGGAAAGCAGAGAUUUACCUGAGAGGACUGAAGAAAAUGCAUAAUCUUUGUGUAACCAACAUGGAUUUCUCACGAAGACUUCUGGACAGAGAGACAGACUCACUGUGCUGGCAGGAGGAACGAGGCAUCCAAGAUUUGGUGCUUCCAGGAAUUGACUCCAAACAAGGGAAGAAAAGCCAAACAGACCAGCCAGCUCUCAGCUCUGUGAGACAGCCAAGUGUCCAGAGUGGCCGACCUUCAUCUCCUCAACAACAGAGCAAUAUGACCUCAGCAAGCCGCCGAUGUUUUGAGAGUCUGGUCUGGGACACAGCAAUGUGCUGCCGUAAAACACCUGAUCCCUUAUCCAUUGAAGAUGUGUGUCAACAAAAGCAUGUGAAGGUAAUCGACCGUGGAUUAAAACUAUGGAGAAACUACACAGAAAACACAGACUACUGAAUUUAGAACCACCAGAGCAUAUUAUAGUUAAUGUGUUGUUUCAUUUAUCUGUAACUACAGUUUACGGAGUCACCAGCAUGCCUCUUUUCUGUUAAUGAUGCAUUUUACACCCCUUUUUUUUUCAUUACAACCCUGUGUUUUAUCCAUGUCUCACUCAUUAACUUCUAUUAUAUCUUAUUAUAAAGCUCUCUCUCAUGAACCAAAUAACACUAGAUUAUUUGAUUAUUUUCAUUAGUUUUAAAUUAUGUUAAUAUGACAAUUGUUGUGUAGGUUUGAAAAUAGAUAUAAAAUAUCUUCUAUAACAACAGUUAAACCAGUCAAAUUGUGGUGAGAAUGCUUUGCAGUCAGCAGUGA